GGCGCGAGCACGCCGCCGUCCUCGUCGUGGUGAGCGUGACCGCUCCGGCUGGUCCUGGGGGCGGGGCUGUAGGGGAAAGUGCUAAAGCCGCUGAGUGAAGUAAGAACUCUGCUAGAGAGGAAAUGGCUGCUUCAUCAUCAUCCUCUUCAGCUGGUGGGGUCAGUGGAAGUUCUGUCACUGGAUCUGGUUUCAGUGUCUCAGACCUUGCCCCACCACGGAAAGCCCUUUUCACCUACCCCAAAGGAGCUGGAGAGAUGUUAGAAGAUGGCUCUGAGAGAUUCCUCUGCGAAUCUGUUUUUAGCUAUCAAGUGGCAUCCACGCUUAAACAGGUGAAACAUGAUCAGCAAGUUGCUCGGAUGGAAAAACUAGCUGGUUUGGUAGAAGAGCUGGAGGCUGACGAGUGGCGGUUUAAGCCCAUCGAGCAGCUGCUGGGAUUCACCCCAUCUUCAGGUUGAUGCUGCCUGGAUGGUCGCCUCUGGUGCGCAGCAAGUGCAAAGCCAGUGGGGGACUUUCUCACAGCUUGCAUAGCCAUCCAGAGAUCCACAGCUACAUCGCUGAAUUGUUAAUGCACAUUUGUACUUGGUUUCUCUGUAUCUAUUCACAGGCAACAAAUACUUAUAUGUAUGAUCUUUCAGGGAAUAUUUUGUUUGUUUUUAAAAGUAUUGGGAAUCAGAUUAAGACAGUCGGUUUCAGAGAACCAGGAGGUUUGGGGUUAAGAGAUACUUAAAAAUUUUCACAAGCCAGGUAGGGCAUAUAUCAGAUUUGGCCAACUGAUUGGCAUCUGUCCUGUCAUCCAUACGGUGCCUGGAAAUAUUCACCAGUCAAGGUCAAGGUCAGCAUCUGUGGUUAAAAAUACAGCAUUCUGACCUAAAAAAUUAUUUUGCAGAUGAAUGUGAUUUCAACUCAGGAGCUAUCCAAAUGAGGAUUAAAUAUUCAUUUUUUUUCCUAUUUUUAGACAUCAAUUCUAUAGAUUCUAACUUUUUCUAACCUCUUCUUGACAUGCUAAAUGCUGGCAAAAAGAAGUGCUUUUUGGAUAUGGCAACACUUGUAAAAAUAAAGCAGUAAGCAAAAUCCUUUUAAACACAGAAAUCCUGAGUUCUUCUCAUUGGUGGACUCAAGCAAUUCUGUAGCAAAUAAAUCCUUUGAAAGAGCUCCAAGUUGGUGGCUUUAUUCUUUCAAAAUCUGAGGGAUUUGGGAUGAGGCAAAGAGGUCAAAUUACUUUUUAGAAGAAGAGAAUCUAAAAACCGUUUCUCCUAAACAAAUGGUAGACUGGCUUUUCU